UUUCUUGUAAUGCUGGGAGAGUAUAUUAAUUAAUCGUAUGACAGAGAGGACAGAUUCAAGAGCUGUGGUCACGCAGCUGUCAUUGGAUAUUACAAAUCCACCCUCCCUAGCUAGCCAUCUUCUUUCCUGGACAGCAAAUAAGAGUUUGCAGCUGUCGGGUCUCUCUCUCUCUCUCGGCACUCCUUCGUGUUAAUUGAACAGCCAAACCCCAACCUAACCUAUUUGUUAUCAAAACAACCCUCAAGUAAUAUUAACAACAGCAUCAUAGACUAGCAUGCUAGCUAAUUAAGUUCCAUCCAGCCAUCACUUUCUUUGUCUCAAAAUUCUUGCAAUGAUUCUUUGUGGUGAAGAAACAGAAUGAAGGAAAUAGGGGGGCGUUUACGUAUAGAGCAGAAAGCAGAGACAACGAGGAGAUGGAGAGGAGGAGCUGUCACGGCUAUCUGAGUGAUAUAUCAAGAGUUCAUGCAUGAAAAAAGGAUAAUCAGUACUUGUCAUUUUGAUGAUUUGCGUGCCAUGGCUUAUCCACACCAUCGAUCUCAGUUUGGAGAUACAACGUUUACAAAAGUGUUUGUUGGGGGACUAGCUUGGGAGACCCCAACUGAGGAAAUGCGUAGAUACUUUGAGCAGUUUGGGGAGAUUCUUGAAGCUGUUAUCAUUGCAGACAAAAACACUGGAAAAUCUAAAGGAUACGGAUUUGUGACUUUUCGUGAUCCGGAAUCUGCAAGAAGGGCUUGUGCUGAACCGAACCCGGUGAUCGAUGGCAGAAGAGCGAAUUGUAACAUUGCUUCACUUGGACGGCCGAGACCUUCACCGCCUCGAGGAAGACCGCAAGGUAGCAAUCCCUUCCAGCGAAGUGCACCACCUGGUGCGCCAUCAUACGGCGGAGUUGCGGCACCAUUUCCUCCUCUAGCUCCUCCUCCACCUCCACCACCUGUCCUCUAUACACAUUACGGGUAUCCAACCUACACUCCUGACUAUGGGCACCCCCAGGCAAUGUAUAAUUCACAAAUUCAACAGCCAGCUCAAUACUAUCAUCAGAUGUACGGGACAUCAUCAUCCACCAUAGGCGCACCAUACUAUUAUGGCUACUCUUUGCAAGCUCCAAGGACAGCACUCUCUGGACCUCAGGCUCAACGAAUACCUGGACCGUCUUAUUUAUACUUCCCAACGUCUAUGGAGGGGUCCUUCUCUUCGUUUCCUUCUCCAACUAUUCAACCCGCAAGGCAUCCCUUUCCCUCUUCUAGUACAGCUGCCUCAUCGGCUCCACAGAACACCACCACGGAAACAGAA